CUUUUGUUAUCACCGGACGCCGACAUAAUAACAAGAACAAUUACGUACUUAGUAUUUACAUAGAUUAUUUUACACAACAAAUUAGUAAACAAUGGUUAAUAUUCAUAAGAAAUUACCUGAGCUAUAUCGUCGCAACUCGCAAUAUUUUCCAGACUAUUCUCUGUAGUAAACCAUAGGUUGAUUUUAAAUUCAAAAAGCCUAAUAAUUUCCUAAUAUAUAUUUUCUAUUGUUAAAUUAUAAUAAUCAAUAACAAAACAUUAGUUUUAAUUAUAUAAUUAUAACUACUUCGAAUCACCAAAUUAAAUUAUUUGAUGUAUUUUGCACAAAGAAAUAUUAUCGAAGUAAUAUGGAAGGAUUUAUUAAUUCAGAACUUAUCAAUAGUAGUUUAGAACAUAUUAAUUUGUCAUUUAUUGAUGAACCAUUAUUAUCAAUUACUUAUGCUGAACCAGUAUCAAAAACUUAUAUUAACAAGAGUGUAAUUUCAAAAAAUGAGCAAAGUUAUGAUGAUAAUAUUAUUUCAUUGGGUGAUUUAUUACCAGCAAAAGAUUUUAUUAUUAAAAAUAAUAAUCAGUCAUUCGUAACUACUAUGCCAGAGUUUUUUCAGUCAAUGCAGUUUAUUACUUCACAAAACCAAGAUGUAAAUAAACCCACAAAUUGUAAUCAAACUUUGUUUAUUUCCAUAAUACCCGAAAAUCAAAAUACGCCUACUUCUGAAAAUAUUAUAAAAUUUCCUCAAGAUACUUCAAUAGAAGUAAUUACUGAUAUGACAUUAUCUAAGAGUAAUGAAAUAUUAACAGACCAUUCAAAUAGACAAUGUAUAUUAUUAAGUAAAAAGAAAACUCGGUUAGAAGAAGAACUGUUGUAUAAAAUAAAUGUUCCUCUUUGUAGUAGUAUUGCUGAAAAGACAAAUGACUGUAGUUCAGGAGUUAUAAAAUUAAUGAAUACUAUUGUAAUGAAUUCCUUUAAGACAAAGGAUCAUUUCAUUUGUGACUUAUGUUUACAAGAGUUUGACAAAUGGCUACAAUACAAACAACACAGACUAGAACAUUUUAGUGAUGAACCAUUAAAAGGUUAUAAAACCCUCUGUAAUAAUAAUCGUGAACCCAGUUCGCCUAAGAAGCAUAGCAGCAUCCGAGAUGAUGAAACAGUAAAUGGUUGUCAAAAUGAAGAAAUACACUUUAGAAGCCAAAAAGUAUAUAGAAAGACACUUACUAAUUCUUCUGGCCAUAAGAUGCAUAAAAAAGAACAUAAUUUAAAGUCUAUCUCCAGUGUAAAAAAACAUAAAACGAUAAAUAUAGCUGUUAAAACUCCCACUAAACUAUUGGUAACAGCUGUCAAGAAAUUCAAAUGUAAUAGUUGUGAAUGGUCAUUUCACAAAUUGAGUUUGCUAAAACGACAUUUAAGGACCCACACCGGAGAAAAACCGUUUAAGUGUAAUCUUUGUUCGAAAUACUUCACCCAAAAAAAUUCACUUAGUCGUCAUCAACUUAGACACGAGGGACUGUUGCCUUUCAAAUGUGACUAUUGCAGUUUAAAAUUCUCACAAAAAGUACAUUUGCUAAAUCAUGUUAGAAGAUGUCAUGCCGUUAUAAAAGAGCCUACACGAAUUCAUAAAUGUAACAAGUGUUCAUGUGUUUAUAAUAGUGUAAAUGCUCUUACAAAACAUUUUAAUAUGCAUCAUAACGUGAAAAACAGAAGAUUAAAGGAAUGCAAAAAGAAAUCAUUAUUGAAAAGUGAUCAAAGCGAUAUGACUAAUAGUAUAAUUAAAGAUCCUUCAGAAGUUGAAAAAUGGCUCAACACUUUUUGUGAGGAUUUGCAAAACAGUGAUAACAAAAGUCUUAUAGUUAAUAGCAGAACAAAAUUAGGCCAACUUGAAGACAGUUUAAAUGCUAAUGGAAAUGAGUUUAAAAAUGAAUUUAAAUCUAUAAUUAGAGAAAAAAAUGCGGAAUCCGAUGAAAUUAUAUAUGAAGACUUACAAAUUGAAAAUUCUCCGUUUUCUUUUUUAAAUGGUUCAGAAAUUACUUGUACAGCAACUAAUCAACGAUUUCAACCAGAACUUAAAAAGAUGUUCAAUGAAAAAAAACAAGAUGUUGGCAAUGAUUGCAAAUAUGAAGCUGAUAUCAGUCUUGAUAACACAAACCCUUCUUCAAAAUUGCAAAAUAAAAACACCAAUGGAUUAACAGAGGCAUGUAACAAUGCUGAACCUAUGAUGUUAUAUAUGCCAAAUAUAACAAUUAGUUUGGAGAAAGAAAAAAAAAUGGAAAAAUAUUUAAAAUUAAAAAAAUGCCAGUUUUGUAGUAAAGUCUUUAAAAAGAAUGCCGAUUUGGAAAGACACGAAAGAAUACAUACUGGUUGUAAGCCAUUCAAAUGUAAUAACGAAAAUUGUGACAAAGCUUUUGCCACCAAAAGUUCUCUUGAAUAUCAUAUUUUUACUCAUAUAGGCAAAAUGAAACGAGCUGUUUGUUCUAAAUGUAAUGGUUUAUUUGCUACUACGUCAUCUUUAAAAGUUCAUAUGAGACAGCACACUGGUGAAAAACCAUUUAAGUGUCCAAUGUGUGGUGAUACCUUCCGUACAUCUGGACAUAUGCAUACACACAUAUUGAUUCAUGAACGCAAGAAAAACUUGAAAUGUUUGUAGUACAAAAUAAUAAAACCCAUACAUCUAAAUUCUAA